GUAGAGGUAGGCUUUCAUAAGGCAAUCGUUAACGUGUAACUUUCUAGCUGACAUUUUACGUAGCCGACUGAGCGAUUGAUUUGUAAGAAAAUAAACGAACUGUGGGUCAUCCAGUGGAUGCGCUUGUUUGCCGAAUCGAUCCAAGAUGGCAAAAAUAUUGAUACUCUUCCUUAUCAAUCUGAUGUUUACGAAUCUCCUACUUGGAGACGUGAUUGGAGACUCUCAAAUCGACGAUCUAAGCUAUAGACUACCAGUAGAAGUCAAACCAAAUUUUUAUGAGCUAGAUUUGACAGUGAAUUUGAAUUCAAAUUUAUCAGAAACAGACUUCAAAUUUACCGGUGAAGUGAAGAUCGACAUUGUAGCUGAAAUUCAGGAUGCCCAGUCAAUAACACUGAACAUGAAGAACCUCACUAUAGAGGAUAUUGCCCUGUACGAUUUAAAUAAAACCGCUAUUUAUGCGAAUAGUGUUGCAUAUGACGACGUACGUGAAUUUUUAAUUAUCACGCUUGAUGACAAACUUAAGAAGGGAAACGAAUACUUUCUUACUGUGAGCUAUUCUGGAGUCUUGAACGAUCAAUUAAGAGGAUUUUACAGGAGCAGAUCUGCCGACAAAAAUGGCAAUCUAAUGUAUGUGGCUGCGACUCAUUUCGAGCCAACUGGUGCACGGUUAGCGUUCCCUUGUUGGGAUGAGCCUGCUUUCAAGGCACGCUUCAACAUUUCUAUAACCCAUCCGAAAUCUUACCAUGCGAUUUCGAACAUGCCUCCGUUGCCAGUUGAAGAACUAAAAGUGGAAAACGACAUGAAGACAACAAAGUUCAAAACAACUCCACCGAUAUCCACUUAUUUAGUGGCAUUCAUAGUCUCCAAUUAUGAAUGCAACGAAGAUGGCAUGUUCAGAGUGUGUACUAAGCCACAGGCAGUGAAUCAAACAUAUUACGCCUUAGAAAAGGGUAAAAAAUUACUAAACGCUUUAAAUGAAUAUACCGCCAUCAAUUUCACCUCUUAUGUACCAAAAAUGGAUCAGGUAUCGCUGAAGGACUUUUCGCCAGGCGCUAUGGAGAAUUGGGGUCUCGUCACUUAUAGGGAGUCCGCUCUCCUUUAUAAAGACGGUGUUACCACAACUCGUACGAAGCAAAGUAUAACUACGAUUAUAGCCCACGAAUUUACGCAUCAGUGGUUUGGAAAUCUUGUUAGUCCAGAAUGGUGGACGUGGAUUUGGUUGAACGAAGGAUUUGCAAGCUACUUUCAAUACAUUAUUACUCAUAAGAUACUACCCGAAUGGCGAUUAGACGAAGUGUUCGUCGUUGACAGCAUACAAGGAAAAGCUUUCAUUGCAGACGCAGGCGAAAAUCCGCGUCCCAUGAACAAGGACGCGAACACGCCUCAAGAAAUUAGUAACUUGUUCGACAGUAUUGCGUAUCAGAAAGCGGGGUCAGUUAUUCGAAUGAUGUCACACAUCUUGACAGAAAACGUUUUCCACGAGAGAUUAAAGGAAUACCUCAAGCAGAAUGCAAAGAAUGUUGCUAAUUCGACAAAUCUUUUCGAGCAUCUUGGAAAUAAUAAAAAAUGGGAUGGAGCUUCGUUCGGGAAAAUCAUGGACGGAUGGGUGAACAACGCAGGAUAUCCGGUUGUGAAUGUGAAGCGAAACCAUGACGAUGAACUGCAGUUAAGUCAAGAACAAUUCUCAUUUUAUGAAACUAAAAAUGACGUAAACUGGUGGGUGCCUAUAACUUACGUCAACUCGUCUAGCAUGGACUUUAAUAAUACAGCUCCAAUUCUAUGGUUAAAACCAGGCCGCAAUGAAACGAUAAAAUUUAGUAAAGCACAGGGGUGGAUUAUUGUGAAUACACAGCAAGCAGGUUAUUAUCGCGUGAACUAUGAGCCAGAAAUGUGGAAACUGUUGUCGAUGCAGCUGAAUUCAGAUAACUAUGAGAAUAUCCACGUCGUAAACCGUGCUCAGUUAAUCGAUGAUGCCUUAAACAUGGCUCGCACUAACCGAUUGAACUACACGGUUGCAUUGACACUCACACUUUACCUUGAAAGAGAAAUAGAUUACGUGCCUUGGCAAACGACCUUCAGGAAUAUGGAAUUUUUGCACAACAUGUUACGUACUUCUGCACAAUAUAAUAAUUUCAUGAGUUAUAUUCGAAAAAUAAUGAAAUCCGUGACGAAACAUGUGAGAUAUAAUCCGUAUCAGGAAGGCGAAGAGCUCGAUAUCGUGAAACUUCUUAGGGUAAACGCAAUGGAAUGGGCCUGCAGAGCUGGCGUUGCCGAAUGCAAAGAUUAUACCAACAGAGAGUUCAACGCAUGGUUAAAUAAUUCCAGUAGAUCAUUUGACGUUGACUUGAAAAACAAUGUUCUCUGCGAUGGAAUAAGAUCUGCAAAUAAACAAGCGUGGAACUACACUCUGACCAAAUUGUUGAAAACGAAGGACGAAGUCGAAAAAGAGAGUUUACUUUCUCUCUUGGCUUGUUCCGAGUCAGUGUAUCUUCUGAAGGAAUACUUGCACAUGUCCAUUCAGGAAAACGCAACUGUGACAUUUGAUAAUGCAGUUCAAAAUGUAGUGUCUCGGAAUGCAAAGGGUGUCAGCAUUGCUCUGGAAAUGCUCACUAGCAAAGUUGAGGAGAUAAAAAAAUUGAACAAAGCCGAAGACGUCAUCGAAUCGAGUGCUGACAUAAUUGCAAGCGCAAUUACAAAUAAGGAUCAAUUUGUACAGUUAACUAUGUUUUUGACGAAGGAGAGAUUAAACCCAGACAAUCUUCAGUCUAUCUUAUUGAAGGCAACAAGAAAUUUGGAAUGGCUUAACGUCCAUCAAGAAACCAUUGAGAACUGGUUGUACACUCACAGGGACUAUUUCAACUCCUCCAGUUCGCUGACGUUUGCAACGCUUCUCAUUAUAUUCUCAAUAUUUAUUACCAGAUUUUGCUAAAAACUUAUUCGAUUGAACUUUAAUUAGAAUGUAUCCAAUUGGUUCAUCGAGCAACCGAGGCGCAUAAAAAUACAAUCAAGUAUUAGAACAAAUCGAGAAUAAUCAUCUGUAUAGAAUGCAUUAACACGAUCAUGGAAUCAAUGAUUCGAUAGAGAGAUAUAAUAUACAAUUCAUGAAGAUUUGGAAUAUUUUUAUAAUUUAAUGUGAUUGUAGAGAAAGCUAUUUGGUCCAAAUAUACUUUUAUAUUACGUUAAAAAAUAUAUAAUAACGAGUGAAAUCUUAAUGUCGUUCCGGAUUUACUUAUUUGAUUUGUACAAGUUACUCUAUUUACAAUAAUAUUAACAAAAAAAAGGAGUAUCAUUAUAACAUAAAAAAUAAAUAAUAACUUUAAUCGUA